AUGGUGGGUGCUUGGUUUGUUGUUGGCUCAUCGGUGUUGGACUCACCCAACAGCCCAUGUCUAUGUCUGGAGGGUAACAUGAGAAGCUCACCGAAGAAGAAGAAGACGAUCCUUGGCAGUUCAAGGAAUCUGGAAUUAGGAAGCUCUUUUAUUGAUUCAAGCAUUGUUUUUAGGCUUUCUUCGAAAAGCGUAUCAGGAAUUGCGAAUCGAAGAAGCAAAAAGAAGCUUUUGAUUGUGAAUGAGGACAUUGCUGGGAAUUACGACGAUACCUUCGGUGAUGUCAAAACGCAAAUUGUUAAUUAUUUCACAUACAAAGCUGUGAGGACGGUUCUUCAUCAGCUCUAUGAAAUGAAUCCUCCCCAAUACACUUGGUUUUAUAAUCACGUCGUAUCAAACAGACCAACCGAAGGCAAACGUUUCCUCCGCAAACUCGGCAAGGAGAGUCAGGAGCUUGCAGAAAGAGUGAUGAUCACGCGUCUCCACUUGUAUGGCAAAUGGAUCAAGAAAUGCGACCACGGAAAGAUAUACCAAGAAAUCUCGGAUGAGAACUUGGCGUUGAUGCGUGAACGCCUGAUGGAGACCGUGAUAUGGCCUUCCGAUGACUCAAACUCGGAGCUCUACCCCUCACCAACUUCGAAACACCAUCGCUGUUAUUCCAUAGGAGAAUCCGUGUCAAGAACACUUGGAUUAUUAGUUUCAACAAAACCCAUUUUCUCCGACAAACGAUUUCGACUGCAAGGAGAAUUGGGUCCGUCUCGUGUUCUUCUGUCACGGACGAAGCUUCUUGUUCCAAAGAUCGACUGGUCGGAGAAGAUGGUUAUCCUGAAGAGCUACAAGUUCGAACCUUGUAAAAUUCCAUCUUCCUGUUUUCUUGUGACAUGGAACUGGAAAGGUUAUUCGAUAAGAUAUCAGUGUGCUGGAACCAGUGGUCCUGCUUUGGUCUUGGUUCAUGGUUUCGGUGCUAACAGUGAUCAUUGGAGGAAGAACACACCUGUUCUUGGGAAAUCACAUAGGGUGUAUUCAAUCGAUCUUAUUGGAUAUGGAUACUCCGAUAAACCGAACCCUCGUGAGUUUGGAGGAGAACCAUUCUACACAUUUGAGACAUGGGGUGAGCAGCUCAAUGAUUUCUGUCUGGAAGUGGUCAAAGAUGAAGCCUUUUUUAUAUGCAACUCUAUAGGAGGAAUUGUUGGUCUUCAGGCAGCAGUUAGUAAGCCAGAGAUAUGCAGAGGUCUUAUGCUUAUAAACAUAUCACUCCGUAUGCUUCAUAUCAAGAAACAACCAUUGAUUGGGAGACCUUUCAUCAGAUCAUUUCAGAAUUUACUUAGGAAUACUCCGGUUGGAAAACUAUUUUUCAAGACCAUUGCUACACCAAAGACCGUAAAAAGCAUUCUUUGCCAGUGUUACCAUGAUAGCUCGCAAGUGACGGAUGAACUAGUUGAGGCGAUUCUACGUCCAGGGCUUGAGCCUGGUGCGGUUGAUGUGUUCCUCGAAUUCAUCUGUUACUCUGGUGGACCGCUUCCAGAGGAUUUACUACCACAGGUCAAGUGUCCGGUUCUAAUUGCAUGGGGAGAGAAAGAUCCAUGGGAGCCAAUCGAGCUUGGAAGAGAAUAUAGCAAAUUUGAUGCAGUUGAAGAUUUUGUUGUCCUUCCUGAAGCCGGCCACUGUCCUCAGGACGAGAAGCCGGAGAUAGUGAACCCACUUAUUGAAUCAUUCGUUGCGAGACAUUGA